AUGGAACACUCCAAAACCUAUUCCCAUGUGGCCGACACGGCGGCUGAUGAGCAGCCUCCACCCCCAUACGAGGCAGUUCCGCGAGAUAUUGGCGGCGCUCAGGAUAUCACUGUGAACGAUGACGGCCGUGUUGUUGUGGACGCUAGUUCUCGUCUCUGCAGAUCUCUUUCUAAGCUAUUGCCUCAUGCUGUCCCCCAGAGCGCACCUCCACCAGACUAUUCAGAAGAAGUACCGACCUUCAAGUUCCCUCUGAAUAUUGUGAUUCAAAUCGUGGGCAGCAGAGGGGACGUCCAACCAUUUGUUGCACUUGGCACAGAGCUACAAAAUGUGGGCCACCGAGUGCGUAUUGCAACACACAAUGUCUUUGAACAAUUUAUCCUAGAAGCAGGUUUAGAAUUUUACCCUAUUGGCGGUGAUCCGGCGGACCUGAUGUCAUACAUGGUCAAGAAUCCUGGGUUGAUUCCCAGCCUAGAUAGUCUCCGUGAAGGAGAUAUUCAAAAGAAGCGUUUAAUGAUGGCAGAAAUUCUUCACGGGUGCUGGCAAUCAUGUUUGAUGCCUGACCCUAUCACAAAUGCCCCUUUUGUGGCAAAUGCGAUCAUUGCCAAUCCUCCGAGCUUCGCGCACGUACAUUGCGCCCAGGCCCUGGGGAUUCCACUUCACUUGAUGUUUACAAUGCCAUGGAGUCCAACAACGGCAUUCCCGCACCCGUUGGCUAAUUUGAAGAAUGUGCCAGCUGAUCAAGAGUGGCUCAACCGUGUCUCUUAUAGCGUCGUGGACUGGUUAUCAUGGCAAGGUCUAGGAGGCGUGAUUAACGAUUGGCGGAAACAUGAGUUAGAACUCGAGCCAAUCUCUCUUUCAGAUGGCCCUUUCAUUCUCAGCAGACUCAAUGUCCCCUAUACCUACUGCUGGUCGCCCGGCUUAGUCCCAAAACCCGAAGACUGGCCCCAUAAUUUUGAUGUCUGUGGGUUCUUCUUCCGUGAUCCGCCGCAGUAUCAGCCUCCUCAAGAUAUCGCAGAGUUUCUUAAUGCCGGGCCCCCUCCGGUCUAUUUUGGAUUUGGAAGCAUCGUUCUCAAAGACCCGCAAGAAAUAACGAAAACGAUUCUACAAGCGGUUGGGCAAACCGGGGUUCGGGCAAUCAUUUCUCGUGGUUGGAGCAAGUUAGGAGGGGCGGAUACAGGAGAACUAAAUAGAAGUGAUGUUCUGUUCAUAGGCGAUUGCCCACAUGAAUGGUUAUUCGAGCGAGUCAGUGCGGUUGUUCAUCAUGGAGGUGCUGGUACAACGGCGUGUGGGCUACGCAAUGGAAAGCCUACUAUCAUUGUGCCAUUUUUUGGAGACCAACCGUUUUGGGGAGAAAUGGUUUCUGCAGCCGGUGCAGGACCAGACCCUAUACCGUACAAACACCUCAAGGUCACAGCAUUGGUCCAGGCAUUGCGGUUUUGCUUAACAUCGGAGGCAGUACGCUCCGCAAAGAGUAUUGCCGCGAAAAUGCAGCAAGAUGAAGGAGUGAAAACAGCUGUGGCAUCAUUUCAUCGAAACUUACCGCAAGGUCUGGUUGAAUGCGAUUUACUACCAAAAUUCCCAGCCUGUUGGAGAUAUCGACUAGGCAAGAAAGAAUACCAUUUUUCAAAAGUUGCUGCAGAGAUACUUGCCGAAAGAAAUCUGUUAGAUGUCAAAAAGUUGAAACCGUACCAAUCAAACCCAAUCAUUAUUGAGACCACGCGAUGGGACCCCGUAACCAGUAUCUCCUCUGCUGGAAUGGGAGUCACAUUUGAUAUUCUCAAAGCAGGAGGCGAUAUCUUCUAUAAACCCUACAAGGUAUACCAAGGUGGUCGUAACUCACCUGGUCAGUCACCGAGUGUUUCAAAAGAGAAUUCCGCUCAGUUGCUGCCGCUAGAUGGCAGUGCAAUAUCAGUCCGCAAAGCUCGAUCAAUGAAUGAUAUGACGGCAUGCGGGGACGUUGUGCCUAAGGAAAAGAGCAGAGGUGUGGCCAUGGCUUCAGCAUCGACCCUUGCUUCUGGGAAAUUUCUAGGGAAGUUCUUUUCUGGAUUUAUGAUUGACGUGCCGUUGGCUGCCGCUGAAGGCUUUCGUGUGCUCCCUGGUCUAUACGGAGACAAAGUUCCGCAAUAUGGAAAAGUCACAGAUUGGAAAUCUGGCGCUGUGGCAGGUGCCAAAAGCUUUGCCGUUGGUAUGGGUCAAGGUAUGACUGAUGUGGUCUAUCAACCAUAUAAAGGCGCUAGAGAUGGAGGUGCUGCAGGCUUUGCCGGUGGCUUGCUCAAAGGGACUUUUGGGGUAAUUGGAAAGAUGGCUCAUGGCUCGCUUGGUCUUGUUGCCUAUCCCAGCCAAGGUAUCAAACAGAGCAUACACUCUGCGUUUCAUAAGAGCACGAGAAAGCUCAUUAUGGCGGCUCUUCACCUGGAGGGACAAGAUAUGGUUCGACAAGAGCGAGUGAGAGGGAUCGACGAUCAAAAGCUCAUCGAGAAAUUCAUGGCCAUGACCCGAGAAGAUGGCUCGGACGGUGACAGUGAUUACAUAUAG